AUGAUGAGAGUUAGUAGGUCGACUGUUUUGAUUGUGGUGUUGGUGUUGGCGUUGUUGGUGGUAGAACACGUGGUGGUUCCAGCCGCGGCGGGGAGAGUUUUAACGGAGAAGUUGGGAGAGGGAAGAGUGACGGUGAUGAGUGUGGAGAAGAUGAAGUCGACGGUGGAUUCCUGGUUUCAGCGUUUGGCGUCGGGUCCGAGCCCGAGAGGUCGCGUUGGUAACGAAGAUAUGGGAAGUUUGUAA